CGCUGUAUUCUACUGGCUUCUCGUGUGAGUCUUUACGUUGUUGCAGGUUUAAGCUGAGUGACUGUUGUCCAAUUCAUAAGACAAAAUGUCUCUUGUUUUGCCUGAGAAGUUUCAACAUAUUCUUCGUAUUAUGGGUACGAAUAUUGAUGGUAAACGAAAAGUUAUGUUUGCCAUGACUGCCAUCAAGGGUGUUGGUCGAAGAUAUGCCAACAUAGUUCUGAAAAAGGCUGAUGUAGAUUUAGACAAGAGGGCAGGAGAGUGCUCAGAGGAAGAGGUUGAGAAGAUCGUUACCAUCAUGCAGUAUCCUAGACAGUAUAAAAUCCCUGAUUGGUUUCUUAACAGGCAAAAGGAUAUUGUCGAUGGAAAAUAUACCCAGCUCACAUCCUCCAAUUUGGACAGCAAACUUCGUGAAGACUUGGAGAGGCUGAAGAAAAUCAGGGCCCACAGAGGAAUGAGGCAUUAUUGGGGUUUGAGAGUCAGGGGUCAACACACCAAAACCACAGGAAGGCGUGGAAGAACUGUUGGUGUGUCCAAGAAGAAGUAAUGUUUUUUGGUCUUUUUCUUUUUUAAAAAUAAAAAACAAAUUUAUUAAAAAAAAAAAAAAAAAAAAACUCCAUGUUUAUACAGCAACUUAUCAUUUUAUUGAUUUUUUUUUUUUUCAUGCAUCAAGCAUAAUUUUAUCAUCAUAUUCUUCAAAUUAUAAAGCAUUGGCAGGUUUAUAAUAAACCGCUCGCCUUAAAUAAAUUUGAAAUCCUUCCUCCCUUGAACUGUAUGUGUGUUCCUAAACAUUUAAUAGAGAUUAAGUAAGAGAGAAAUUCCAAUAAAAACUUGUUCAACCAUCAGACAAGAAAUAGAAGGUACAUAGCGCGUAGGGAUUUUAUUUUCUC